UUGUCUUAUUUCAAGUGUACUAAGAUGUUUGCACUGGAAACUGGACCAAAGAAACUUGAUAAGAUUUUGUGACCGCUGCGUUUCACUGUCUUUGUGCGCCAAACUAACCAACAGCAGAUUGCUACGAUUUUAAACAUCGCAUGUCCCAAAUUCUUCCCUGCAGCAUAUGAAAAGGUCACUUUGUAGACUUUACACCUUCUUGAUCUGUCGAGUAUUUAGAAUUUGUCCCGACAUUUUCUCAACGUCCACACAGGAACGUGGCCUUGCACCCAUUGUCUUAUCGUCGGACUCAAACUCUGCUGCGGGCAAGGCCUUGCUCAAAGGCAGCUGCCACCGCAUGCUUGCGGGGAACUUUCAGUAACCACCUACACGGAACGGAACCAGCCACCGUGCAAGAUGACAUUUCGACUGCGAAAACCUAAAACGUUUUACCGCGAACACCUCCUCAGAAAUGCUCGGUGCCGCUGAUAAGUCGGUGUGAAUCAGUAAGGCCAGCAGUGCAUACACCCGUGCAACACAUCUGACCGCCGAGUGUUGGCUGUGAACUCAUCAGACUUUGCGGUUCUAGUUUAGAAAUAUAUGUCAUCUUCCUCCCCCCCAAAAGGUUUGUCUUCCUCACAGCUCUCUCACCACAAGAGCCAUCACAGCAAAAGAGGAUGUCACUGUUGCUACACUUCCUGUGGCCUGGUCAGGGUUCGAUUUCCCAUGCGCGGGAUGUGGCAUGGGCACGUAAAGCACAACGGGGGAGCGCAGCGGGCGAAGAAGGGAUGCAUUCGGACAAAGCGGCGGCGGCGGUUCGCCUCGGGCUUGAGUAAAUUUGCCAAGGCUCUGUACGACAACGCCGCGGAGUGUGCGGACGAACUUGCCUUCAGAAAGGGCGACAUCGUCAUGGUGAUGGAGCAAAAUGUGUCGGACACCAGCGGAUGGUGGAAUUGUUCCCUGCACGGCCGACGUGGGCUGGCCCCCGCAAACCGACUGGUGCUCUUGCCACAGACCGUGACUGCGGCAGGGCCCCUAAGGCACGGCGCAGAAGAACCCGCUAUGAAUAAAGCUAAAAGUCACGUCAACGUGCAAAACAUCUAUCAGAUCCCGAGCCCACCCCGACCCAUCAGCACCGUCACCUACGAAUGCAUGGACAUGAUGUGCAAAGACCCGUCUUUGCCCUCGGUAGCUCCAAGCAGCCAAAUCCCGAGGCAGGAGACAAACGGACUGGGCCUGAACAAGCCUCCGUUCUCCAGCCUUGCUUCCAGCCCAAAAAGGGAAGUCUACGAUGUGCCGUCCCAAACAAGACAAACUUCUCUUUUAGUUGAAUCAUCACCUCCAGGCCAAAUCCCAAAGACAAAAUUUCUUGCUUCAGUUUUAGAGCCGGAGAACACGUCUGACACUCCGGAGAGUUUAAGGAGCAACAGUCAAACAAACACUUAUGUGCAUGCAGUUCCACCAUCUUUGGCUCAGGACUCUGCCAUCCCUGUUCCCUCAGGCACAGAAUACCAACAUAAAGUUCCCAUUGGAUGCAGCACUCUUCCUAAUUCCCGCAAACAUGAGUGGAUCUACGACGUACCGGCGGGUUCUGAGAAGCAAAGUUUUCCCCAAGGCACCUAUGACACCUUGCCACCCAGAGCUACUUGCAGGCAGCUCUAUGACACUAUACCUGCUCAAAAAACAAAUCCAAACUCUUCAAUUUAUGAUACACCGAAACCUUGCAUUGCUGACAAGCUAUGUCCCCCUAAAGCAUUCCCCUGUCCCCCACUCUCAAACAUACCUCCAACUCAGCAGCCGACAGAGGAGUCACCAUAUGAUGUUCCACCCAAAGAAGACCCUCUCCCCCAGGUGGUGAGUGAUCCUCUAGGAGAUCAUAACUCCCUUGAGAGAAGGGGUGACAACAAAAAUAUUCUGGAACUGAAAAGGGUGCGUCUACAGCGGAUGAGGAACUUUUUGGCUUGUACGACUUUUCAUGACCUCCCAGGAAGCGGGAUGGCAACGGUACCAGAAAACGAGCAAUUCAGACCAGGUCUCUCUGCAGUACUUAGUCAAAGAAUCAGCACGGCCUCCAGCUCUUCCACCAGCUCUUCCACCAGCUCUUGUGACUCUCUGGCCUUAAGCUCGCCAUCCCCUGAGCCUCUUCGAGAAGUGGCACUCAGCCAGGAAGAAGCUUGCCGAAAACUCCUUGAGCUUCAGGAUUCUAUUUGCGGGGCUAUGCCCCAGCUCAUGGACUUUGUAAGCAGCAACUGGAGGUGUAAAAACCAUUUGGAGAAACACCUGAAAGAAAUCAAGGAAGCAACAGAGACAAUCGUAUCAAGUGUGACAUGCUUUCUCAACUUUGCCCUUGAUAUUAAGGGCAAUGCUCGUCAUUUAACUGAUACUAACCUGCAAACCAGGCUCUACAAACAGCUGUCCAUAGUAGAAGAUUCUGGUGUGAUCCUUCAACAAACGGCGAGCUCUCUGAACACGGCUGGCUGGCCCCUUGAUACACUUUGUCAGGAUGCAGGCCAGACCCAGAACCCUGACCAGCUUGAUCGUUUCGUGAUGGUGGCGCGCACUGUACCUGACGAUGUCAAGCGCCUAGUGUCCAUCAUCUAUGGGAACAGUAAGCUUCUUUUUAAAACUCCUCAUAAAGACCAAGAGCCUGUGAGCAACAGAAGUCCAAAACAGACCAAGAAAAGUCCUGACAAAACAGAAGGACAAGAAUCGCAAGAAGACGACAAUGACUACGUAGAGCUACAGAGAAAAUUUGAAGAAAGGAAGCCAGAAGAAAUACUUAAAGGUCCAAAAGAAAACAUCUCACCAGCCUCUAAACAGGUUGAGAAUAAGCGUAACUCGUCUGACUCCAGCAGCAGCACAGAAGAACACCAGCCAACCUCCCUGUCAGAGCACUGCCGACUUUACUUCGGAGCUCUUCAAAAGGCUAUUGGUGGGUUUGUGGAAAGCCUUCAAAAUGACCAGCCACCGGAGAAGUUCAUCUCACAAAGUAAACUGGUCAUCAUGGUGGGCCAGAGACUGUUGGACACUCUUUGCAGGGAGGCCCGUCGUCGAGGGUCCUGCAAAAGCCUCCUGUGCAAGAGCAACCACCUGUGCGCUCUCCUCAAGCAGCUGGCCGUGGCCACCAAGAAGGCCGCUGUGCACUACCCAGAAAAGCAGGCCCUGCUGGAAGUCCAAGACUUUGCUAAGGAACUAGCCCAGAUAGCACAGCAAUUUCGGAUAUCGCUCGACCUCUGAGCGGAGGCGCCAAACUAAUUUGUUUGUAGAGCAAAAGCAAAUGUCUCGUACAUCAGCCUGAGUUUGUUUCCAUUUCAGUGACUGCCUUGACAGCUUUUUGAUAAAUGUCGGGUUUAAUAACAAAUGCAGGCGUUUCCAAUAUUAAACGUGGAUGAGUGAAGGAGUUAUCUUUCUAAUGAGCACAGAUAACUUCGUUGCACUUUUGGCAUACUGGAAUGUGUUGUCCCUGAUUUUCAAAUGCAAUUUCAGUAUAGGGUUAAAAUUCGGUUUUGUUAUUCUAAUUCAUAUUUUCGUUCUGUGAAUGUACUUUGUCGUGUUUUGUGGGUUUUUUAAAUUUCUAUUUGAAGAAAAUGUCACCUCCGAGGUAAAUGUACAUCCUGCCUUCUGUAAAUUUUCUGUACAAAACACCUUCAACAUUCAUAAAGUUCAAUGUCAAAAACCGAAAUACGUUUAAUUUUCACUGAUGUUAUGACUAAACACUGAAA